GUCGUCGUUUGCUGUAUCCUAGCGACACACAUCUUAAUUAAAAAUAAUCAAGAUCUCUGUCUGAUUGGCAAGACUGUAGACAAGUUGGGAUAAGACUCUAGCUCUUCCGUUACCAACAUGUGGAGAGGGGAUGAUACACCCACAUGGCACUGAUAGCGUUUGCACCGGAAGAUCAUACAAAGGCGAUAGGCUCAGCUGUCGGUAGUUUGACCAUUGUUCGGCUGUGAGAUAGUUCUGAUCAGAACCCGCAAUCCGUCUUCUUCACCGUCUGCUCCAUGGCCUGUGCGCGUUGUGUGCGCGUUAUCCUACAGACUUGGUGCAUCGUCUGGCUGCUGUGUCUCUGGCAAACGAGAAAACACGCAUCUGUUGCAGAAUCCGUGCAGUCACGAGUCCCUCUCGACUUUAGUGCCUCAAACGUGAGGCUGCGGGUCAGUAGGAACAGAACGUUUCUCUCUAGAAAAGUAACGCAAGCUCUUCUGGAUGGAGACAAUAACACGUGCGUCGUCGCCACACCGAGAGACUUCAGAGAGUCUGCAGUGAUCAUUAGGGUUGACCUUGGAAAUCAGUGUCUCGACAACAUCAUCGCUCACGUCGUCAUGGCCAACGCGUCGUCUUUGUAUCCGACCUUGUAUCUCAGACAGCUCUGUCUGACGUCUACGCAGACGAAGGCGUGCGAGAUGAUUCGUCACGACUCGAGAAGGUCUGCCGUCUACGAAUGCUCGGACGAUCCGGGCAGACUGGUUACCAUCGUCGUUCCGGCCAAUCAAUCGAUCUGUGAGAUCGCCAUGUCGUACGUCGUGGCGAGAGAUUUACCAAAGUUUUCCCCGUUGACAACAAACAGAACUGUUGAUCUUACAAAAUCCAUUCAAGAUUACCAGAUUGGAGAAACAGUUCGAGUCGUGGUCGGACAGACUCUACAUCUUCGCUGCGCUGCAUUUGCACCCCGUAACCCAACAUACAAAUGGCAACUUUUUCCAGAAGGCCGUCACGUGACGACCACUGAGAACAUUACAGUUGAAGGCGAUGCACUGACAAUUACAAAUAUGCAGAAAGAGCAAGAGAAUAUAUACUCGUGCACCGUCACAAACCGACUGGGAACGAUUACGAAAUCCUCACUUGUCAAAGUAUACGGGUUCGCAGGGUGGACAUGUGACAUACCAAAGGUGCUCGAGAAAACGAAACGAUCUCUUGUCCUCUCACUCUCCUGUCUAUCCGGAAACGCAUCAGAUCCAUAUGGUUGCCACAUCACUAACUACGCCGUGCUCUACCGAGCUGCAAAUGACAACUCCGAGUUUCUACCUGUGACUGCGAAAUCACCUCUACUCAACCUUACCGAUCUCAUUCCAAACACUAUGUACGAGAUCACUGUAAAAGCAAAUUAUAGUCAUUCAUAUUGUGACAACAACAACAUUUCUUCGAGUCCGUCUCUCUUUGAAAGGCUACAUGCAGAAGUACCAAGUGCACCCACAGGAGUUCGUGUCACAUCCCGCACAGCAACAUCUGCUAAAGUCGAAUGGAAUGCAACUGUCUAUACAUAUGGAUCGGUUGUAGCUUACAGAGUCUACUCUGCAGCAAUCUCUACAGCAUUUGUCUCGACGAAUCUCACUUUCGUGUGGCUUGAUGGACUUAAACCUUACACUGAAUAUGCCGUCAACGUAUCGGUUGUUGUAAGACCUCAACAUGCUGUAGACAGCUCGAAAGACUUGGAAAGUGAAAAGAGUGUUGAAUACUCAUUUGCUCCUCGUCAAUCAUACCCUAGCAGUCCCAUUGAUGUACAAGUGGUCAACAGAACGGACGUUUCUGUAAAAGUUGUCUGGAAAACGCCUGUCACACCAAACGGUCAAAUUGCAUACUACAAAGUCAGCUACAUAAUGGGCAAUCAUUCCCAUGGCACGAAUGUAUCUGAUCUAAGAACAAGCAACGUCACUGGCACAAGAGAAGACAUCCUACAAAAUCUCAAACCGUUCACAGUCUACACAGUUUGGGUACAAGCUGUCAACAUUGAGGGCAUCAAUCACCUCGUAGGCAACAAAAGUGUUGAGAAAACAUUUCAGACAUUGAAAGCAGAUUUCCUCGAGUUUCAUCCAUUGGUCAGUCAUACAACUGUCAAUUUCACAAAACCUAUUCAACAGUACCAAGUCGGAGAAAUGGCUCGGCUCGUGGUCGGACAAACGCUAGUUCUCCGUUGCAAUGCGUCUGGAAGUCCCAGUCCAGCAUAUCAAUGGAGUGUUCUUACAGAAGGCCUCACAGUCACAAAAGCAGACAAUGUGGUCAUAGAAGGCAAUACUUUGACGAUAACAAACGUGCAAGCCCAAAAUGACAAUGAGUACCAGUGCACUGCCAGCAAUCAGUUUGGAAACAUCACAAACAGCUCACUGGUCAAAGUGUAUGAGUCUGUUGAUCAGCCAUGUGAGAUACCACGUGAGCUCAACAAGACAGACAGAUCUCUUUCUCUUGAACUGUCUUGUCCACCCGGACAUACAGCAACUGAUUAUGAUUGCAACAUCACUCAAUACUCUGUUCGCUAUCGAAUGGCAAACACCGAUUCUGAUUUUUCAGCACAGACUGUCCCAUCGCCCAUGCUAACAAUUUCUAACCUUAUACCAUACACUGUAUACGAGAUCAAUGCACAAGCACAGUAUCAGCAUUCAUAUUGUACAAGCAAAAACGUUUCCUUCAGUCCAUCUCUUACGACAAGGCUAAAACCCGAAGAUCCAACUGCACCAAAGAGAAUUCAUGUGCCAUUUCGGACAGCAAGGGCUGCUAAAGUUGCAUGGAAUUCAAUAGUUUACACAAAUGGGUCUGUUGUAGCUUACAAAGUCUACUACAGGGCAUCACCUCCUCAAUUUUCAUUGACGAAUUCCACUUCUAUUAUGCUUGAUGGACUCAAACCGUUUACCCGAUACUCUGUCAAUGUCGUGGUUGUUGUAAAACCUAGAAAUGCUAGUAACAGCUCAGAAUAUUUGGAGAGUCCAAGGAGUAAUGACUAUUCAUUUAUGACUCGUCAAUCAAAACCCAGCAGGCCUAGAAAUGUGAAAGUCGUAAACAGAACUGCCCUUUCUGCAAAAAUUGUCUGGGAAAUUCCAUUUACACCCAAUGGUCCAAUUGCCUACUAUGAUGUCAGCUAUGGGAUGGGACAUCAUCCUAACGACACUCGUGUCUCCAACUCAACAACAAGCCAAGUUUAUAACACAACCGAGGCCGUCAUCCCAAAUCUCAAACCAUUUACAGUUUACACGGUUUGGAUACAAGCCGUCAACAUUGAAGGAAACAAGAGUCUUGUGGGUAACGCAACUCCUGGAAAAACAUUUGAAACGUUGCAAACAGAACCGAGCAAUCCUAGAAAUGUGAAAGUCGUAAACAGAACUGCCCUUUCUGUAAAAAUUGUCUGGAAAAUUCCAUUUACACCCAAUGGUCAAAUUGCCUACUAUGAUGUCAGCUAUGGGAUGGGAGAUCUUUCUAAUGACACUCGUGUCUCCAACUUAAAAACAUUCCAAAUUUAUAACACAACCGAGGCCAUCCUUCAAACUCUCAAACCAUUUACAGUUUACACGGUUUGGGUACAAGCUGUCAACAUUGAGGGCAUCAAUCACCUCGUAGGCAACAAAAGUGUUGAGAAAACAUUUCAGACAUUGAAAGCAGAUUUCCUCGAGUUUCAUCCAUUGGUCAGUCAUACAACUGUCAAUUUCACAAAACCUAUUCAACAGUACCAAGUCGGAGAAAUGGCUCGACUCGUGGUCGGACAAACGCUAGUUCUCCAUUGCAAUGCGUCUGGCAGUCCCAGUCCAGCAUAUCAAUGGAGUGUUCUUACAGAAGGCCUCACAGUCACAAAAGCAGACAAUGUGGUCAUAGAAGGCAAUACUUUGACGAUAACAAACGUGCAAGCCCAAAAUGACAAUGAAUACCAGUGUACCGCAAACAAUCAGUUUGGAAAUAUCACAAACAGCUCACUGGUCAAAGUGUAUGAGUCUGUUGAUAAGCCAUGUGCAAUACCACGUCUCCUCAACAAGACAGACCGAUCUCUUUCUCUUGAACUGUCUUGUCCACCCGGACAUACAGCAGCCGAUUACGAUUGCAGCAUCACUCAAUACUCUGUUCGCUACCGAAUCGCAAACAUCAAUUCCGAAUUUUCAACACAGACUGUCCCAUCGCCCAUGCUAACAAUUUCUAACCUUAUACCAUACACUGUAUACGAGAUCAAUGCACAAGCACAGUAUCAGCAUUCAUAUUGUACAAGCAAAAAUGCUUCCUUCAGUCCAUCUCUUACGACAAGGCUAAAACCCGAAGAUCCAACUGCACCAAAGAGAAUUCAUGUGCCAUUUCGGACAGCAAGGGCUGCUAAAGUUGCAUGGAAUUCAAUAGUUUACACAAAUGGGUCUGUUGUAGCUUACAAAGUCUACUACAGGGCAUCACCUCAUCAAUUUUCAUUGACGAAUUCCACUUCUAUUAUGCUUGAUGGACUCAAACCGUUCACCCGAUACUCUGUCAAUGUCGUGGUUGUUGUGAAACCUAGAAAUGCUAGUAACAGCUCAGAAUAUUUGGAGAGUCCAAGGAGUAAUGACUAUUCAUUUAUGACUCGUCAAUCAAAACCCAGCAGGCCUAGAAAUGAGAAAGUCGUAAACAGAACUGCCCUUUCUGCAAAAAUUGUCUGGGAAAUUCCAUUUACACCCAAUGGUCCAAUUGCCUACUAUGAUGUCAGCUAUGGGAUGGGACAUCAUCCUAACGACACUCGUGUCUCCAACUCAACAACAAGCCAAGUUUAUAACACAACCGAGGCCGUCAUCCCAAAUCUCAAACCAUUUACAGUUUAUACGGUUUGGAUACAAGCCGUCAACAUUGAAGGAAACAAGAGUCUUGUGGGUAACGCAACUCCUGGAAAAACAUUUGAAACGUUGCAAACAGAACCGAGCAAUCCUAGAAAUGUGAAAGUCGUAAACAGAACUGCCCUUUCUGUAAAAAUUGUCUGGAAAAUUCCAUUUACACCCAAUGGUCAAAUUGCCUACUAUAAUGUCAGCUAUGGGAUGGGAGAUCUUUCUAAUGACACUCGUGUCUCCAACUUAAAAACAUUCCAGAUUUAUAACACAACCAAGGCCAUCCUUCAAACUCUCAAACCAUUUACAGUCUAUACAGUUUGGGUACAAGCUGUCAACGUUGAAGGAAACAACAGUCUCGUGGGUGAUGCAAGUGCAAGAAAAACAUUUGUAACGUUGAAAGCAGCACCAACUCCACCUCAACAUCUGCAAGUAUCCCAAAUACAAACAGAUUCAUUUAGGCUAACGUGGCAGCCUCCUGCCCAUCCCAAUGGACUGAUAACCUACUAUGAAAUUAUGAUUGCAGAAGGAAACAUCAGUAAUCCUUCGUAUUACAAGGGGAAAGCAAACAGCACUGUCACAGGUAAUAGUACAACAUACACAAUAGGUGGACUAAUGCAACUGAGCCAGUACAGUGUAUGGAUAAAAGCCGUUAACAUCAAAAAUUCUCAAUUUCUGAGAAGUGAUCCUAGUUUAGUGGAAGUAGUUCAAACAAUUGGAGAAAGUAUACAUUUAGAGACCAGCCCUCCCCACAGUCUUCAUUCUAUCGUGACUAACGAUUCAGCAACACUCACAUGGCAGCCACCUCUCAAUCCAUCAAUGCCAAUCACAUCAUACACAGUCAAGCUAUUCAAUAGUCGACAAAUGAUUCAAGAAAUGAUUGCAAACAAUACAAAUGUCUCGUUUAACAACUUGCUCCCAUUUACCCAAUACAGAGUAACAAUCACUCCCAUCGUAUAUGAUGUAUCGACCAGCUCUGCAUCACUUAAUUUCACAACAAAACAAAACACACUCAGUCCUCCCAUCAAUUUGGAAACUCAAGCCGUCCAAUCAACGAACGCAACAAUCAGUUGGUCUCCACCACCUCAAGCAAAAUCCAACAAUAUCACAUUGCAAUACAAAGUAUUUGCUCAAACUCGAAACGACUCCUUGCCGUCACAAGACAGCAAAAACACCACCACAACAACAGAGACGUCAAAGACGCGAGUAACAUUGCAUCGAUUGAUUCCUUACACUACAUACUACGUGUGGGUUGCAGCCAUUAGAGAUGACGGUAAAGACUACGAGUUGAUGAGCCAUUUUGUUGGACCAAUAAACUUUACAACACUCGCCAAAGCCUCUUCACCUCCACAAAACGUUCAUUAUUCUAACGUCACUGCAACGUCAGUUUUUGUCAUGUGGUCAAAACCAAAACACGUGUAUGGCAAAAUCUCUGUAUAUGAAGUGACACUGACUUCGUCUGACUUGUCGUCUCAAAGCAAAGUCGUGAAUGUCAAAGCAGAGAGCAGCCCAGACCAGUCGACCACAAUGACAGGUCUCAAACCCUGCACAAAAUAUUACAUUGACAUUAGCGCCGGCACUCGACAUACGAGUUCAAAAUCAAGUGUCAUUCUAUAUAGUGAUUCCAAAGUCGUUCAUGCUCAAGUGAACUUCAUCACUGAUUGUCCAGAUUUCCUCAAGUUUCAUCCAUUGGUCAGUCAUACAACUGUCAAUUUCACAAAGCCUGUUCAACAUUACCAAGUCGGAGAAACAGCUCGACUCGUGGUCGGACAAACGCUAGUUCUCCAUUGUAAUGUGUCUGGCAGUCCCAGUCCGACAUAUCAAUGGAGUGUUCCUAGAAAAGGCCUCACAGUCACAAAAGCAGACAAUGUGGUCAGAGAUGGCAAUACUCUGACAAUAACAAACGUGCAAGCCCAAAAUGACAAUGAAUACCAGUGCACCGCUAGCAAUCAGUUUGGAAAAAUCACAAACAGCUCACUGGUCACAGUGUACGAGUCUGUUGAUGAGCCAUGUGCAAUACCACGUGAGCUCAACAAGACAGACAGAUCUCUUUCUCUUGAACUGUCUUGUCCACCCGGACGUACAGCAGCCGAUUACGAUUGCAGCAUCACUCAAUACUCUGUUCGCUACCGAAUCGCAAACACCAAUUCUGAAUUUUCAACCGAGAAUGUAUUAUUGCCCAUGUUUACAAUUUCUAACCUCAUACCAUACACUGAAUAUGAGAUCAAUGCACAAGCACAGUAUAAGCAUUCAUAUUGUACAAGCAAAAAUGUUUCCUUCAGUCCAUCUCUUACGACAAGGCUAAAACCCGAAGAUCCAAGAGCACCAAUAGGAAUUAAUGUGCCAUUUUGGACAGCAAGGGCUGCUAGAGUUGCAUGGAAUUCAACACUUUACACAAAUGGGUCUGUGGUAGCUUACAAAGUCUACACGACAUCACAUGCUAAAUUAUUAAAGACGAAUUUCACUUCUAUUAUGCUUGAUGGACUCAAACCGUUCACCCGAUACUCUGUCAAUGUCGUGGUUGUUGUAAAACCUAGAAAUGCUAGUCAAACCUCAGAAUAUUUGGAGAGUCCAAGGAGUAAUGACUAUUCAUUUAUGACUCGUCAAUCAAAACCCAGCAGGCCUAGAAAUGUGAAAGUCGUACACAGAACUGCCCUUUCUGUAAAAAUUGUCUGGGAAAUUCCAUCUAGACCCAAUGGUCCAAUUGCCUACUAUGAUGUCAGCUAUGUGAUGGGAGAUCAUUUUAUUGACACUCGUGUCUCCAACUCAACAACAAUCCAACUUGAUAACACAACCGAGGCAAUCAUCCAAAAUCUCAAACCAUUUACAGUUUACAUGAUUUGGGUACAAGCCGUCAACGUUGAAGGAAACAAAAGCCUCGUUGGUAACACAACUGCUGGAAAAACAUUUGUAACGUUGCAAGCAGCACCAACUCCACCUCAACAUCUGCAAGUAUCCCAAAUACAAACAGAUUCAUUUAGGCUCACGUGGCAGCCUCCUGUCCAUCCCAAUGGACUGAUAACCUACUAUGAAAUUAUGAUUGCAGAAGGAAACGUCAGUGAUCCUGCAUAUUACAAGGGGAAAGCAAACAGCACUGUCACAGGUAAUAGUACAACAUACACGGUAGGUGGACUAACACAAUUGAGCCAGUACAGUGUAUGGAUAAAAGCUGUUAACAUCAAAAAUUCUCAAUUUCUGAGAAGUGAUCCUAGUUUAGUGGAAGUGGUUCAAACAAUUGGAGAAAGCAAACAUUUAGAGACCGGCCCUCCCCACAGUCUUCAUUCUAUCGUGACUAACGAUUCAGCAACACUCACAUGGCAGCCACCUCUCAAUCCAUCAAUGCCAAUCACAUCAUACACAGUCGAGCUAUUCAAUAGUCGACAAAUGAUUCAAGAAACGAUUGCAAACAAUACAAAUGUCUCGUUCAACAACUUGCUCCCAUUUACCCAAUACAGAGUAACAAUCACUCCCAUCGUAUAUGAUGUAUGGACCAGCUCUGCAUCACUUAAUUUCACAACAAAACAAAACACACUCAGUCCUCCCAUCAAUUUGGAAACUCAAGCCGUCCAAUCAACGAACGCAACAAUCAGUUGGUCUCCACCACCUCAAGCAAAAUCCAACAAUAUCACAUUGCAUUACAAAGUAUUUGCUCAAACUCGAAACGACUCUUUGCCGUCACAAGACAGCAAAAACACCACCACAACAACAGAGACGUCAAAGACGCGAGUAACAUUGCAUCGAUUGAUUCCUUACAGUACAUACUACGUGUGGGUUGCAGCCAUUAGAGAUGACGGUAAAGACUACGAGUUGAUGAGCCAUUUUGUUGGACCAAUAAACUUUACAACACUCGCCAAAGCCUCUUCACCUCCACAAAAUGUUCAUUAUUCUAACGUCACUGCAACGUCAGUUUUUGUCACGUGGUCAAAACCAAAACACGUGUAUGGCGAAAUCUCUGUAUACCAAGUGACACUGACUUCGUCUGACUUGUUGUCUCAAAGCAAAGUCGUGAAUGUCAAAGCAGAGAGCAGCCCAGACCAGUCGACCACAAUGACAGGUCUCAAACCCUGCACAAAAUAUUACAUUGACAUUAGCGCCGGCACUCGACAUACGAGUUCAAAAUCAAGUGUCAUUCUAUACAGUGAUUCCAACAAGGUUCAUGCUCAAGUGAACUUCAUCACUGAUUGUCCAGAUUUCCUCAAGUUUCAUCCAUUGGUCAGUCAUACAACUGUCAAUUUCACAAAGCCUGUUCAACAUUACCAAGUCGGAGAAACAGCUCGACUCGUGGUCGGACAAACGCUAGUUCUCCAUUGUAAUGUGUCUGGCAGUCCCAGUCCAGCAUAUCAAUGGAGUGUUCCUAGAAAAGGCCUCACAGUCACAAAAGCAGACAAUGUGGUCAGAGAUGGCAAUACUCUGACAAUAACAAACGUGCAAGCCCAAAAUGACAAUGAAUACCAGUGCACCGCUAGCAAUCAGUUUGGAAAAAUCACAAACAGCUCACUGGUCACAGUGUAUGAGUCUGUUGAUGAGCCAUGUGCAAUACCACGUGAGCUCAACAAGACAGACAGAUCUCUUUCUCUUGAACUGUCUUGUCCACCCGGACGUACAGCAGCCGAUUACGAUUGCAGCAUCACUCAAUACUCUGUUCGCUACCGAAUCGCAAACACCAAUUCUGAAUUUUCAACCGAGAAUGUAUUAUUGCCCAUGUUUACAAUUUCUAACCUCAUACCAUACACUGAAUACGAGAUCAAUGCACAAGCACAGUAUAAGCAUUCAUAUUGUACAAGCAAAAAUGUUUCCUUCAGUCCAUCUCUUACGACAAGGCUAAAACCCGAAGAUCCAAGAGCACCAAUAGGAAUUAAUGUGCCAUUUUGGACAGCAAGGGCUGCUAGAGUUGCAUGGAAUUCAACACUUUACACAAAUGGGUCUGUGGUAGCUUACAAAGUCUACACGACAUCACAUGCUAAAUUAUUAAAGACGAAUUUCACUUCUAUUAUGCUUGAUGGACUCAAACCGUUCACCCGAUACUCUGUCAAUGUCGUGGUUGUUGUAAAACCUAGAAAUGCUAGUCAAACCUCAGAAUAUUUGGAGAGUCCAAGGAGUAAUGACUAUUCAUUUAUGACUCGUCAAUCAAAACCCAGCAGGCCUAGAAAUGUGAAAGUCGUACACAGAACUGCCCUUUCUGUAAAAAUUGUCUGGGAAAUUCCAUCUAGACCCAAUGGUCCAAUUGCCUACUAUGAUGUCAGCUAUGUGAUGGGAGAUCAUUUUAUUGACACUCGUGUCUCCAACUCAACAACAAUCCAACUUGAUAACACAACCGAGGCCAUCAUCCAAAAUCUCAAACCAUUUACAGUUUACAUGAUUUGGGUACAAGCCGUCAACGUUGAAGGAAACAAAAGCCUCGUUGGUAACACAACUGCUGGAAAAACAUUUGUAACGUUGCAAGCAGCACCAACUCCACCUCAACAUCUGCAAGUAUCCCAAAUACAAACAGAUUCAUUUAGGCUCACGUGGCAGCCUCCUGUCCAUCCCAAUGGACUGAUAACCUACUAUGAAAUUAUGAUUGCAGAAGGAAACGUCAGUGAUCCUGCAUAUUACAAGGGGAAAGCAAACAGCACUGUCACAGGUAAUAGUACAACAUACACGGUAGGUGGACUAACACAAUUGAGCCAGUACAGUGUAUGGAUAAAAGCUGUUAACAUCAAAAAUUCUCAAUUUCUGAGAAGUGAUCCUAGUUUAGUGGAAGUGGUUCAAACAAUUGGAGAAAGCAAACAUUUAGAGACCAGCCCUCCCCACAGUCUUCAUUCUAUCGUGACUAACGAUUCAGCAACACUCACAUGGCAGCCACCUCUCAAUCCAUCAAUGCCAAUCACAUCAUACACAGUCGAGUUAUUCAAUAGUCGACAAAUGAUUCAAGAAACGAUUGCAAACAAUACAAAUGUCUCGUUCAACAACUUGCUCCCAUUUACCCAAUACAGAGUAACAAUCACUCCCAUCGUAUAUGAUGUAUGGACCAGCUCUGCAUCACUUAAUUUCACAACAAAACAAAACACACUCAGUCCUCCCAUCAAUUUGGAAACUCAAGCCGUCCAAUCAACGAACGCAACAAUCAGUUGGUCUCCACCACCUCAAGCAAAAUCCAACAAUAUCACAUUGCAUUACAAAGUAUUUGCUCAAACUCGAAACGACUCUUUGCCGUCACAAGACAGCAAAAACACCACCACAACAACAGAGACGUCAAAGACGCGAGUAACAUUGCAUCGAUUGAUUCCUUACAGUAUAUACUACGUGUGGGUUGCAGCCAUUAGAGAUGACGGUAAAGACUACGAGUUGAUGAGCCAUUUUGUUGGACCAAUAAACUUUACAACACUCGCCAAAGCCUCUUCACCUCCACAAAAUGUUCAUUAUUCUAACGUCACUGCAACGUCCGUUUUUGUCAUGUGGUCAAAACCAAAACACGUGUAUGGCGAAAUCUCUGUAUACCAAGUGACACUGACUUCCUCUGACUUGUCAUCUCAAAUCAAAGUCGUGAAUGUCAACACAGAGAGCAGCCCAAAUCAGUCGACCACAAUGACAGGUCUCAAACCCUACACGAAAUAUUACAUUGAAAUUAGCGCCGGCACUCGACAUACGAGUUCAAAAUCAAUUGACAUUCUAUAUAGUGAUUCCAACGUCGUUGAUGCUCAAGUGACCUUCAUCACUGAUUGUCCAGCUCCUUCGCCUCCUACUUUGCUUAACGCAUCAACUGUUCGUUCUCAUUCAGCAUUGAUUCACUGGAAACCACCAGAAAAGAUGAACGGCAAGAUACAAUUCUUCUACAAUUUGACUCUCUUUAAAAAAGACUCUAAUGCGACAAAUGGAGAGGGAUGGAUGCUCAUUCGCAAUCAUCGCAUCGACAGCAGCACACAGUACAAGCAGCUGCACAAUCUCUCACCACACACUUGGUAUAAUGUUUCAGUAAGUGCAGUUAAUGUUUGUGACAAAUUAGAACUGAAGAGCACUAUGACUUCUACCACUUUCCUGACGGAUGACGAAGAACCGACAGCUCCGUCCAACUGCGAUAUUCAUGAAAUCGAUGACACAUUUGUCAGUUUGUCGUGGAAUCCUGCUACUCGGUCUGAUUUCAAAGUUGCAUACUACGAAGUCGACAUACGGACAGAAGAACCUAACCAUCAGCUUCAGAAAGUAUACAGCCACCAUUUUAACGUGACCGGCUUGCAUCCCUCCACGACCUACUACAUAACAAUUACUGCCGUCAUGAACAGCAAAAACAUUUCAACAGAAGAGUUAUGCAAUUUUCAAGUCCAACCUCGUGCAAAAGAUAACACACUGAACCCAAUUCGGCUUGUUUUGUUUGUCAAUACCACAGAGAAUGAAAAGAUGGUUGUUAUUGCUGUCCCGUCUUCAAACAAACCCAACAAUACAAUCAAAUCCGUUCAAGUUACGAUUAUUGAACUAAAAGCGGGAUUUUCCUGGUCAAAAGGUAUGCCAUUGCCUGAGUCUGGAGAUGUCAGGGUUAGUCAAAUGUAUAAUAUGUCACUUGACAUGUCUGGAAGUCAUUUUACAAUGGCGAACAAUGAUUCUCAACUCCCUAUGCUCAAACCAAACACUUCUUAUAUCAUUUAUUUUCGCUGGACAUCAAGUGAGGAUGCUGAAACAGUAUUUAUAUCAGCCAGUCAAAUUAAUAAAUUUUCAACUGAUGUUGGCAACGAUCAGCUCAUCAUCCGACAUCAACCGCCAUCAACAUCACGACCAAGACAGCACUCUCCACCACCGUCAUCUCUCUUACUGUCUUCAUCAUCAACGUCCUCACCACCAACAUCGUCAUUAUCAUCGCCAUUAUUGCCAACGCCAACACCACGAUCGCGGACUUCAACACUAUUAGCUGGCGGCAAUCUAAACCUAGUAGCUAUUAUAGUCUCGAUAAUAAUAAUAUCUACCAUUCUGGUAAUCAUCCUGAUUUGGCUAAUUUGCUGCAGAGGCAAACGAAAGUCGGUGACCUUGUACAAAGGAAGAUCUGAGAAUUUGUCACAAGAGGUCACUCUGAAGGAGAUUAGACCUAGCAACGAGUCCGUAGAACCUUCUACCUUUGUGUCGUUCGUCAUGAACAACAACUGGGAAACAGAGCAAUCGACAUCAAUAAUCGAAUUUGAAAGACAUGUGAAGAGGUUGAAAGCGUGUGACAACGAAGGAUUCGCUGCUGAAUUUGACGAGCUCAACAGUGUCGGAACUUAUCAGAGCACCUCGAUUGCAAGAAGACCCGAAAACGCAAUGAAGAACCGCUACCGCAACGUCGUGCCCUAUGACGACGGCCGUGUCAUGCUCCACGACGUCGAUGGAAUGCAUGCACUGGAGAAUGACUACAUCAAUGCAACGUACAUAAACGGAUAUACAAAAAGAAAAAAGUACAUUGUGACACAAGGACCUCUUUUUGAAACAUCUGUUGAUUUUUGGCGUAUGGUGUGGCUGGAAGGAGCGGAGUUUAUUGUCAUGGUGACUCGAGCAGUUGAAAGUGGCAAAGAAAAGUGUUUCCAAUAUUGGUCGGACAGUACACCCAAAUACUUUGGUGGUUUAACGGUGGCCGUUGAAACAGUUAGCGAAAUGGCGGACUACACAAUGCGAACCAUGACGCUAAAACUGAGGGACGCGGAGCGUUUGGUGACGCACUAUCAGUUCAAAAGUUGGCCCGAUCACGGGGUCCCUUCUAGUGCCACUAAUCUGCUGGGCCUCAUUUACCACUACAGAAGAGACUCUAGAGGCUCGACUGCUCCUCUGAUAAUCCAUUGCAGUGCUGGUGUUGGGCGGUCUGGCACGUUGGUGGCGAUUGAUACUUUGAUGAAUGUCCUAGCGGCCGGGGGAGACAUCGAUGUGAAGUCUGUUGUUGUGCGUUUGAGGAUGAGUCGCACAAACAUGGUGCAGAGUAUGAUGCAGUACAUUUUCAUUCACGAUGCCGUCUUGGAAGCUUACCACACAAGAAGGACAGAAAUUACAGCCUCAAAGUUUUCCAGCAAGACUGAAAGUCUGAUGUGCCUAGACGUAUCCGGUUUCAAGAAAUUCAAGAGAGAGUUUGAUGUUCUCCUAAAGCUUAGUCCACCAUGUUCUACAACGCCAAUUGAGACAACUGUGCUGCAAGAGAGGAACCGAGAUCUCGACUUUGUCCCCCCUGAAACGUCUCGCGUGCUUCUAUUCCCCAGCAGUUUAUGUGAUUCUGCUGUUGCUAAAGGUGCAGACUACAUCAAUGCAAGCUUUGUAGACGGCUACCACAAACGUAAUUUCUUCAUCGUGACUCAAGCUCCUCUUCCCAGCACAAUAACCAACAUGUGGAACAUGGUGUCUCACCAGAACGUGAGUGCCAUUGUCAAUUUGGCUCAAGAAGAUGAAUUCGAUCAGUACUGGCCCGAUUCGGUAUCACAAACAUACAGAGAUGUCAGCGUCGAUGUUCUGUCCUCAGAAAUUCAGCAAUCGUUUGCAGUGCACAGAGUACUGGUAAACAGGGGUCAGUCUUCCAAUGACGUUUCCCUAUUUCAUUACACUGCCUGGCCGAAUAAUUCUCAUCCCAAGGAUAUGGCGGGACUGUUGGAUCUAAUGAAUCGAUUGGAUCAGUGGAUGAAGACGACUGGUGGAAACCGUGUGGUCGUCCAUUGCUGCUCUGGUGUGGGACGAACUGGUUCGUUCUGCGCCGCCUACAAUGUCAUCGACCAGCUGAACAGCGAAGGCGUAGCCAACGUGCUUCACGUGACUAAAAUUCUUUACAACCAGAGACCGAGAAUCAUACAGACACCCGAAGACUAUGAGACUGUUUACACUAUUGUCGAUAACUACCAGCAAUCAGACAAACCCUACUACACUAUUCCUGACAAAACCUACGGCACUAACCUCUAAAAAGUUUACAUCCGUCUCCAGAAUUUAAAAUUCAGAGUUAAGACUGCUAGAGGUAGAAAACUAAAUCAAGGUUAGAAUAGAAGUUAUGACGUCCUGACAAGUUAAAUGUUUUUUUCAACUUUUUUCUAAUUUAGUUUGUUUUGCGAAGACCCUCCUACAUUAUGAUCUGCAAUCACACAUGUUGUGCUUGCAUUAGUCUUAAGAAUCCGUUUUGGCCAUUUUUUCUUUUAGUCAAUAGCUUCAUGUGAUUGGCUGAUCCAUACACUAAGAAAUAUUAUUAUCAUAAAGAAACGUUGGGAACUGUUGGGAACGUAAAUCUAAUGUCGUUGACUAUAUUGCAAAGUGUACCAUGGAUACAUCUCUGAACUAGAGGUAUAUCUCAUAUAAGAAAGACUGGCAAUGGUCAUGCAUUAUCGAAACGCUGUGCAUGGCAGUGAUGAGUGGAUUGUGUCAAUUUUGUUACAGUAAAUAUGCGCAUGCGCAUGCACAACAAAACGUCCUACUAAUAUCAACAAAUUUAAUAUGGCAAUCACCAAAUUAAAAUUGUCGCUAAACUUUCCAGGCUACAGUACAUUGUGUAUAAACGUGAUUUUUAGUACCACCAUUGUCUUACCUGUCUUUGCACAGCAAUUCCUGGUCUCUGAUCAAUCAUUUCUCUGUUGCAGUAACUCUGCAAAUCCUUUGGCUUAUAGAUGCUUCAAGACAUCUAGACAACACAGAUUUCAUUCUCAUUUCAGUACCCUAACUGCAUGGGCAACUACUAGUGCUAGAUAAUGAUCGUCAAUUAACAAUCUAAAUUAUUAUUAUGCCUAUUAUUUUGCAAAUUUGGAAAUUUUGAAAAGCGGAGUUGAAGAUAAUCCGUUGACCACGCCCAUCUUUAAGAAACGCUUAUCGCUAGCAUCUGGUACAAAU